AUGCCGACAACUUGUGGAUUUCCAAAUUGUCGAUUUCGUUCGCGUUAUCGUGGUGCUGAAGACAAUCGACAUUUUUAUCGUGUACCAAAGAAACCUGCAAUAUUACGCAAGAAAUGGUUAGAAGCAAUUGGUAGAACUGAGGAAACAAUUGUUAGUCAGUUACGAGUAUGCAGUGGUCAUUUCUUUGGUGGCGAAAAAAAUGAAGGCGAUGUUCCAGUUGCUGACCCCGCAGUGGAUGAGCCAAUAAGAAUUGAACUGCCUCCCAAAAUUCCACGUUUUCAGUCAACAGUGAAUAAAAGGAACUGUUGUGGUACUCGAGGUGGUGGUGGUCGAGGUAGAGGACUUCAUCAUACUCAAGGAGUCAGGAAUAGAAUGUGCUUUUUUAAACCAGGAAUGCUCAAUUACAUGACAAAACAUAAUAAUUGCUUAAAUAUGUUGGAAACAUUUAAACAAAAGUACACUGUAGCGUCCAGUUCAACACAUUCAUCUCCGACCUUAAGAAAUGAGUAUAAAAUGCGAAUUAAUAAGCCAGCAGACUUGAAUACUACUAGUGUAAUUAACGAUAAUAAUGAUAUGAAUAAUCCAUUGAUGUGGUUUAAUAAUUUAUAUUCACCUCAUAUUUAUGAUUGUCUAAAAACACUUUCAACAAAUACUUCCACAUCAUCGUUACCUGAAUUGAAUACAAACAGAAGGUAUUCAUAUAAUUCAAAAAAACAUUUUAAUCCAAAUUCUGUUGAUAAAGAUCAGUCUAUUUUACAUAAUUAUUCAUAUCAGUCAUCUCAAGAAAUGACUUAUCCAAUGGAUAAAUACACGUCACUAAUAAAUACUUCUUGUUGUCGUACUCCUCUGUCUUCAUCAAACGUUUGCUUACCAACUUUAACUCAAAACGAGCAUAAUGUCUUGAAAACGUCUUGUAGUUCACCUUUCAAUAGUAAGGAUAAUAAAAGAAACAACAUCAAAGUUGUUCUUAAUGACGAUAAGCCACAAUCUGCAUUCUCUUCAGUAACAAGUAUUUUGGAUUGUAACAGUAGUAUAAGUAAUCAUCAUAGUACUAAUAUCAACUUAACUAGUGACUUCACAAGUAACAACAAUCAUCUAAUGCAAACUUGUUUACUUUCAACAAAAGAACAAUUUUCAUUGAAUAGUUCUACGGAAAAUGCAAAAAAUAAAUUCACUUCUACAAUUUCAUCAUCAUCAUCAUCUACAUCAAAUUUAUCAACGGACUAUUUUUUAUCAUUAGCUUCAGCAAUGAAUGGUGUUCUUACAAAUAAAUUCACUGAAAAUUAUUUAAAUUCAUCUAAAUUUCCAAAUCACAUUCAACAUUAUCAAACAAAUUUAAAAGAUGAAUGUUUAAAAAUGAACAUUGAAUUGUGCAAACAAAAUUAUUUGAAUAAUGAAUACAAUCACUUAUCGAAUUAUCCACUGAACACAGUAAAUUCUAAUACUUUUGCAAAUAAUAUCUUUAUCAAUGAAUUGAAUGAAAUUAAAGAUUUAUCAAUUAAAUCGGAAUACAUAUCGAAUAGUCACACAAAAAAUAAUUUAUGUUCCUCAAAUCAUUAUGAUCAGAAUGAUAACCGAAUUGUAGAAGAUAUGAUUAUAGAUAAUGUGAAUAUUUGUGAUAAAUUUGAACGAACAAAUGAAACUGUACCUUGUAAUCCUGUACAGUUAAAAGGUUUGUUCGCAUUUAACAAGUCUGAUAUUUUACUAUUUUAA